AUGGUUCAGAGUUUGCUACCUGUUUUUCUAUGUAUUGUCAUCUCCAACGCAGGUGUUUACGCCGCGAGCUUAUACAAGAGUGAUGGUCAAAUAAUGGUUCUGACCUCAAAAAACUUUUCCGAUUUUGUUCAAGCUCAGCCAACUCUCGUCCAAUUUUACCUGCAUAGUUGUGGUGCCUGUCAAAAUUAUGUUCCUAUAUUUAAAAGAAUAAUUAAAUCGGUUGCUGGUAAGGGUGUCUAUUGUGUUGUAAUUGCGAGUAGGGAAAUCCCUGAUGCAGUUACCAUAUCUGGACCGGACGCUCGUAUAAUCGCAAUGAUCAUUUUAGACUUCCAAAUGAACUCGUCAGUAAUUCUGCGGAGCCAAAUCAGUGAGGAUUCUCAGUUCCGGCUCGUUGAUAGAACUGGAAAAGUUGCUUUUACCAGUUCAGAUGAGGACGCCUUUCGUCAUUUUCUCACUAAGAACUAUGUAACUGUUCACAAAGAACAGCCUCUCCAAGACAGCCCAGGAUUGUCAAAUCCUGCUGAAAAUCAAACAUCUCCAGUCGCCUACUCAAUGCCGGUCUACGCUGCAGACAUCAUCGCAUCUCUCCAGUAUCUUCUCGUUCGUGACGUCGGCAUCAAAGCCACAAUCAAGGGUUCUGAUCUUGAUGCUCUAAAGGAGUUCAUGGCGGUUGUAUCCAAGUACCUGAAUUUAGGGCGGCGCUACAACGAAGAUGUGGCGUAUCUCAGGAAGCACAUUGAGGGGAUGUCAGAGAUCACCCGAAAGGAGUGGCACGAACUUGUGGCUGGGUUGAAUAUAUCGACCGAUCAGGUGCAGCACAUCGCCUGCCGUGGCAGCAAGCCAUAUCUGCGGGGUUAUCCUUGUGGUCUGUGGAUCAUGUUUCACUCCAUGUCUGUAAACCGCUUUCUGCAAAGUAAAAAGCCAGAGCCCAAGGCGCCCAUCGCUCACGCCUUGAAUCGCUUUGUGCCGCGAUUCUUCAGUUGCAGUUACUGUGCAUACCACUUCGCCAGACUGACAUCUAACGUGCGUCUUUCACACGAGGAUGUCUAUCCUGACAGCCUGAACGAGGAGCCGCCCUUUCCUUUAGUAGUUCCCGAUCCAUCCAGCCUUCCUGCCGCGCCAAAGUCCUCCCGCGACGAAGUACUUUGGCUAAACACAGUUCAUAAUUUAGUCAACAAACGGCUAUCGGGAAAUCCGUCCGAGGACCCGGCUGCACCUAAAGUAGUCUUUCCCUCCCCCGAACAAUGCCGAGCCUGCUGGUCACCUGCAGCACAAGCCAAAUUGAAGCGUGAUAAGUUUUCAGCGACUCCGGAUAAAACUGACGAAUUGCUGGCCUAUCUUGUUCACCACUAUAGGCCUUCUUCGUGGAGAUGGGACGGGAUAUCGGUGUCGUUUGAAGAUGUGUCACAAUGGAAACUAGUACAGCAGCCUAUUGACGCAUUCAGUACCAGUGACAUGGUCCUCGUUGGUGUAAUCUCCGUCUGUUGUGCUGCGGCUCUGGUCGUGCUGUUUGCCCUCAUUUGCUGCCGCUGGAGGUUCUCGAAACGCGAACACACACCGCUUCCCACGUCGGCAUGA